AAAAACAACGAUAACAGCAAAAAUUGCAGUGUCAGCUGGACGGACGUAUGCAAGUCUAAUUUCGUAUUCAACAGCGCCCUCGCGCAAUAUGAGACUCUUUUUUUUCUUCGGAUCCUUUUACUAGGAAGACGACCGACUUCUGACUUAUGGAAAAUGGGCUAUGUGAUGCAUGACGCCUACCUUUCGCUCGUAGUCGUACCAUGCAUCAUGGAGGAAUAAACUGUCAUUGUGAAACUUCUCUUAGAAUUUUUCUACUUUUCCAGACGACUUCGACAAGUGUCAUCCUACUUUUACACUACCAGCAUGGCAGACCUUCAAACCAAGUACCAGAAGCUUGCUCAAGAGUUUGCUAAGCUUCGAGCUCAAAAUCAGGUGCUGAAGAAGGCUGUUGUGGAUGAGCAAGAGAAACAGAACUCACUCAAGGACAAUCUCAAGGAGAAAGACCAGAAGAUCCGCAAGUUUGAACAGGAGCUGGACAGCCUGACCUUCCGGAAUCAACAGCUGACGAAAAGGGUCAACGUCCUGCAGGAUGAGCUGGAGGCUGCCGAGGGAAAGGGCAAAAAGAACAAGAGUCGAGAGGCUGAUCAUGGCAUGUCCAACAGAGCUGCAUUGCCCGGAGUGAUGAACGAAGAGCUGCAGAGCAAGAUCAAGGAAAACGAACGGCUUCACAAGCAGGUUUACGAGACCACCCAGAGCCACCAGCAGGCCAUGAUGCAGCUGCAGGACAAGCUGAGCACCCUGGAGAGCCUGUCCAGCCAGCACCAGAACGUGCUGGAAUCCAGCGCCAAGAAGCACCAAGAGACAGUGGAGCGGCUGCAGCAGGAGAAGGCCAUGCUGGAGGUCAAACUGCAGGCCCAGGAAAAAGAGGCACGCGAGUCCAUACAGAAGGCUGAAGAGUCCACUCAGAAGCUGGGUGUUCUAGAGGAGGAGCUGGGUGGCAAGGUAGCAUGGAUGACGCACAUUAUACAGACCAAAUUACCAUUCAAUGACACAGAAAAGCGUGAACUGAAUGCCCUGAACGUGCCUACACAUGACAGAAAGCAUCAAGUAAGUUCAGUAUUAAACAUGGAGAAAUGCAGCCAUGACAGGCAUGAACUGUGCGCGGGACUGUCCAACCUGCACACCUACACCGAGCAGAGGUCUAAGAUCUUCCCCGUCGACUCCACAACAGGACCCAUCAGCGCUGUCAACCAGAAGUUUUGUAGCUACCUCCAUGAGAAUGCAUCCUACCUACGUCCGGUGGAGCAGGCCUUCAAGAACUUCCUUGACAACAUUCGAGAGGAAUCACUCACAACUCUAGAAACUGCCACAGAACUCCAAGAUUUCUCAGCCAAGUUCAGCAAGUACAUUGCCUACCUAGAGAAGCUUCUACCCUACCAACUACUUAGCCUGGAGGAGGAGUGUGCUUUAUCCACUUGCCCGCAGACGCUGGAGUCCCGCAACAUGGAGCUCCACGCCUCCUUCAAGAAGCUCACCGCCGCCCUCGCCAAGCUGGACACCUACCUCGCGGUCCUGGCCGCCGUCAGCACCCAGUCGUGUGACUACCCACAGGCCAAUCACAGGAUGUUCUUUGAGAAGCUGUCCGAGUGCUGCCAGAACCUCUCCAACGUCAUGAAAGAUGUGUCAAAGAACUACAACUUCAAAGUGUCGCUAGAACACCAACUUCCCACUGCAUCUCAGAAGUUGAGAACCACAGAUGAGUGUGUCGUGUCAUCCCUUAUAUCGCUGGUCACAUGUACGGGCAAGAUUGCCAAUUUCACCAAGAGCAACCUGGAGUUUCUGUCCACCCCACCCGGUUUCCGGACGAGGGGCCACACCUUCAUCGGCACCAGUCAGUUUGAGGGGGCCAUCUCAUCGCCCGCUGUAACUGCCCUGAGGCAGAAAGCUGUCAACUACAUGACGGCGUUGUCUAAGCCCUGCCCCGACUCUGUGCCUUAUGAGCGGGCACUGCGCAACCAGCGCAUCCUGUUGAGCUCCACUGAGAGCCAGACGGGACUGGCCCAGCAGCUGGCCAAGACCAGUGAGAAGAUGAGCCAGCUGGAGCAGGACCGGGAGCACUGGAAGCUGGAGGCCCAGCUGGUGCAGAUCAAGCUCACUAAGGAGUCUCAGAAAUGCGUUGUUUUGGAGGCUGAACUGAAGAGAUUGCGCUCCGGUGGUAAAGUGACCAGUCCGAUCGACCAGGAGUCCAUGGUGGCCCAAGCCAUGGCCAAGGCCGUGGAAGUGGACACCAUACCCAGCAGGGCCCCGGCCAAGGGCAAGACAGAACCUCAGGUGGACACUUCCAUGCUCGGCCAACUUGAGGGGAUCACCAUGGACUUCGGCGAGAGCGACGAGACGUCACGGGAGAACCUGAUCAAGUCCCACUACACCACACGCCUGGCCCAGCUGACCGCCCAGCGACAGGUGGUAGACGGAAAGGUGGUCAACUUCAGCUCCGAGUGCCGAGCAUUACAGAAACGUCUUGCCUUGGCCGAGAAAGCCAAAGAGAAACACGUGGAGGAACUGCAGACUGCCCACAAGAAUGUCACACAGCUCCAGGAUGAGCUUCAGACCACGACGCGGAGCUACGAGAGCCAGUUGAGCAUGAUGAGCGAGCACCUGUGUAGCAUGAACGAAAAACUGACGGCGCAGAAGGACCAGAUCGAUGCCCUCAAACUAGCUGCCAAACCCAACAAGAAAGGGAAAAGCAAGUAGUUAAGCGGUUCUUCACAUCGCUGAGGAAACUGCAGGUAGGGUGUUUGGCAGUAGCCCAGCAUUCUGUGGACACGCAGCUGUCUUCUGAUGAUGCCAUUAUACGACAUUAAGAGGACAGAUAAGCCUCAUUUUGAUUUGUUCUGCUCCUAGUAGUGUACCAUGGACUUGUACCAUAGUACAAUGGGGCAAGUGACAUGGCCAAUAGUGGGAGCUUGUAUCAUGGGAAAGUACCAUGGAAGGACUAGUACCAUGGGCAACAACUAUGGGCUUGCACCAUGGGUUUGCACAAGGGACUGGUACCAUGGGAUAGCAUCUUGUUAUUUUACACACCACACAGCUUGUGCAUUCACAAAUAUGGCCAUGUGAAGACCGCACACUUACUGUACAGGCACCAGUUGUAUGGCACCUGUCUUAUGCUAGUUCCUAGUUCAAGAAAUCUGCCCCACUGGAACAAUCAAAUGCUGUGGUGUCAUUGAACACACGUAUGUGUGCAGAAUGUUGUAAACCAGUAAAAAAAGGAGGCAAAUGAAAGACCAGAGCUUGAUCAAACAUUAUAUAUGUUGUACAGCAAUGUGACAGGCAGUGAUUUUCAUAUAGUCUCAAAAUGAUCAGCCUUUGAAAAUGGAGUUGCUGUGACCAAGAAGAAGCCACUUGGAGGUUGUUUUGAACGGGAGUUGUUUCUACUUGUAAUUGUGCCCUUUGCUUUAUGGGUCAUUCUAUGAAUUUGGGGUCCAAAAGUGUGACAUUUUUGCCUCCCCUGAUCAGUGUUGUAGUCGAGCCCAUCACAAGACCAGAUAAGACUUGAAGCUCUGCAUGGUGGAAGUACUAAAUUAGGCAAGGCUUGCGGUUGCUCCAGGUACAAGGAAGAAUCUCUUCUAUGAGUGUGUGGUUCUGAGCAGAACCGAUGGUGAACACUUGACGUUUUGAAAAGUAUGCUCUGUUCGUCUUCAGGAGGAUCACAAGACCAGUCACUAUAAGACCAGUUUAAGACCAGACACAAGACCUUGCACAAGACCAGUCACAAGUAACAGUGUGAACAGCGACAAAGGAAUGCAUUUGUUGCAGUUCAGUGGAAUAGCUUAUGCUUGAAAUCAGAGUGAUAGCCGUGUGUUUAAUCUGAUUAUAUUUAUAUAACUCAAAUUAAAACAAAAUGUGACAAAAUACAUGUUUUUCCAGAGCCGGUCA